GCUUGGGAGAGCCCGCUGUGGCGGCGGCAACAUGGCUGACGUGCUAAGUGUCGGCGUGAACCUGGAGGCAUUUUCCCAGGCCAUUAAUGCCAUCCAGGCGCUGCGCUCCAGCGUGAGCAGGGUGUUCGACUGCCUGAAGGAUGGCAUGCGGAACAAGGAGACGCUGGAGGGCCGGGAGAAGGCCUUCAUCGCGCAGUUCCAGGACAACUUGCAUUCAGUCAACCGGGACCUCAACGAGCUGGAGCGCCUGAGCAACUUGGUGGGCAAGCCGUCCGAGAACCACCCGCUGCACAACAGCGGGCUGCUGAGCCUGGACCCCGUGCAGGACAAGACGCCCCUCUACAGCCAGCUCCUGCAGGCGUACAAGUGGUCGAACAAGCUGCAGUACCACGCGGGCCUGGCGUCCGGCCUUUUGAACCAGCAGUCCCUGAAACGCUCUGCCAACCAGAUGGGCGUCUCUGCGAAGCGCAGACCCAAGGCCCAGCCCACCACCCUGGUCCUACCACCGCAAUACGUCGACGACGUGAUCAGCCGCAUCGACAGGAUGUUUCCAGAGAUGUCCAUCCACUUGUCCAGACCCAACGGGACCUCAGCGAUGCUUCUGGUGACCCUGGGGAAGGUGCUGAAAGUGAUCGUGGUCAUGCGGAGCCUGUUCAUCGACCGGACGAUCGUGAAGGGCUUCAGCGAGAACGUCUACACGGAGGACGGCAAGCUGGAUAUAUGGUCCAAGUCCAACUAUCAAGUGUUCCAGAAGGUGACGGACCACGCCACCACCGCCCUGCUGCACUACCAGCUGCCCCAGAUGCCGGACGUCGUGGUCAGGUCCUUCAUGACCUGGCUGCGGAGCUACAUAAAGCUGUUCCAGGCCCCCUGCCAGCGCUGCGGGAAGUUCCUGCAGGACGGCCUGCCGCCCACCUGGAGGGACUUCCGGACCCUCGAGGCCUUCCACGACACCUGCCGGCAGUGACCGGGCCGCCCCGCCCCACCCCGGGCCUCGGGGUGGCAGACGCAUCAUUCACUGCCCGGUGUCACUGCAGGGCCCCCAGCCCCCAGCCCCUGUCGUAGAACAGCGUGUCGUCCGUGGGGCCGGCCGAGCCCCUGGAGGAACGGACUUGUCUCUGUGCCGAUGAGACCCCUCGCAGGCGGGUGGAGGGCAAAGACAACCUCGUUAGAACGCAGCACGGGGCCCGGCCGGGGGCUCCGCGGGUUGGAGCGUCGUCGCAGUGCACCAAGGUCGUGGGUUCAAGCCCCGGUCAGGGCACACGCUGGAACCCACCAGUGAGUGUGUCGAUGAGUGAACAACAGAGCGAGGUUCCUCUCUCUCUCUCCCCACCCCCCUUCCCCCCCUCUCUAAAAUAAGCCACACAGCACGUCCUCCCGAGUACGUGAGCAGUGCCGUGACCUGGCCCCGGGGAUCCGGGCUCCGAGCCACUCCCACGAGCCCGGAGGUGCAAGCGAGCCCUCGUGAGCAUGCGCGUGGCCGGGCUGGCUGUCGGUCCUGCCCUGGGACUUGUUUUUGUGAGCAAUAAACCUCCUCGCCCACCGCAG